GGGAAAGAAAAUAAAACAAUAAAUGAAGUUCUCAAAUUCUCAAAUUAGCAUCACAGUUGUCAGAAUAUUGUCAGAAUAAAGCGACGGCGUCUGUCCGUAGCUCCCGACCACGGGCACGAGUACGAAUACGAUCAAAACAUCAGAGCAAGAACAAAAUACUAAUAAUACCAGUAAUGCCAUUGGUUCAUUUUCGAUGGCACCUGCAACGGAGAUUCAGAACAGGCUUGAAAAAUCAAGUUGAUCACAACAAGAAUUCGAUCUCGACGAACCUUCCUGCUACGACAAUGAGCGACCAUACAAUAAGAGGAAAGCUGAGAGUCCUCGUGAUCACCCUCGGUGGCGAACGGCGGCGUCAAAUAGAAGAAUUGUUUGAUGAUCCGGUCAUGGGCGAGCACUUCGAAAGGCCANUGAGAGUCCUCGUGAUCACCCUCGGUGGCGAACGGCGGCGUCAAAUAGAAGAAUUGUUUGAUGAUCCGGUCAUGGGCGAGCACUUCGAAAGGCCAACGUUCAGCGAAGGCGUGCCCUCGAGAUACAUUCGAAACCGGUUCAAUUUCUACAAGGUUGCCCAYGACGCAGGAUUGUUGCCCGAGCAGGAGUGGCAGGCCAUCCUCAAAGCGACUGAAGAAAAGACAUAUGACCAUCUACCUACUGAACGAUUUUUUGACUGCCUUGAGGAAGUCGAAGUCACCAAGGGACGACACGGUAGCCAAGAAGAUAUCAAACUCCACUAUUCUGUAGAACUAUGGAGAAAAGCCAAGGCAAUCAAUCGAGCUCGAUCCGAGUUAGCAUGCGUUUUUGCACAUCUCAUYGCCAUGAAAACUUUUGUAGAAGAUGGAAACUUUGAUUUAAUUCUUGAGGAUAAUAUUCGAACGGAUCCCAAAAGCUGUGCACACAAGGUGUUAGAGUUCAUGAGGGCUACCGAGGAAUGGGAAGAAGAUAUGUCAGAAAUAACGAAAUCCAAAUGUCACUUACGGUUUGCUGGGUGGUUGGGUUCGGUCCCGAACAUAGAGUGGAUCAUGCAAACUCACAUACCAAAGAGAAAAUAUUCGAGGAAAAAGGCUUGCAAGGACGACAACGACGAAGACGAAAGAGCAACAAUUUUCCCCCUACCUCUGCUUGAGCACUUGAACGAAGACCUCCAGACAAUAGAGGAAMGUCAGGYAAAAGUGGAACCUAGUACAAAUACGUCAACAGAAAAGGACAAAGACGAAGAAGAAUCCGAAAUCGGGGAAGCCCAACAAACUCAAAAGCACACAAAGCCCGGGGGCAAUCUACUUUGGGGUGCAUACGCGUAUUGGAUAUCCAAGGAGGGUUACRAAAGUUUGCUCGAAACUCUACGYAGUGAYGUCGGUGCAAUACUGUGGAAAGGGAAACGGAUGCGGAAUUAUGCWGUCAAACCGAUAGAUAAAAUGUUGCCUCGACGAACCGUCUCCAAAUUUGGACCUUCUGCCGUUCAAAUCUUGUCGCAGCCAGCCUUUUUCAGAGCCCCGAUGCUGACCAGUAAAAUCCAUACGCAGUGGGAUCCUGGGUUUUGCGAAAGCACGGAAUUCCAGCUUCAAAAGGGCAAGCUAGGUUGGUCCGAUCUGUGGCUCACCGAUACCGAACGURCGAUUGUGGAUCACCACAAGACAUCUGGAAAAUGGUUGACUAUCAAGGAAUUGGAACUACUACAAMUGUAGCUGAUAUUUUCCCACGACURCGCCUGCAAAAURAA